GCAGACCAGACAUGGUUUCGUGACAGAUGCAGCCCACGUGUCUGAAAAAGGGGAAAGACUGUGGUUUAUUGACAUGCGUCUCGAAAAAUAUAGAAGUAGAUGAAAAGUCAAAGAGGUUUAACGUUUGGCAAGAGGGAGGCUUAAAUAUUGGCUGUACUUCAUAGAUAAUGGAGGAAGAAAAAAGUACAUCCGCCAGUUUGUCCUGCUUAGGUCACAUUUAACGGAUUUUGUUCUUGUGGUUUAUUGGUUUGCGAAAAAAUUGCUGAUCUUUGGCAGCAGAGCUACGACCUUCACAACGCAUUUGUAUGGGUGUUGUGAGAGGAACACAGAUUUACUUCAUGAGUGCAUCACCACGGAAAAGUACAACCAGUUUCACUCUAGGAGAAAUGACACUUUGAAGUCAUCGGCGAAGUUUCACUAUGAUGCAGAACUGCUCAACUGAAGAUGUGGACUCUUUGACUCGCACGCUGGACUUGGUGAUUUACGUGCCCGUCCUGGUGUUCGGCUUAGCGUUAAACGUCGCUGCACUUGUGGUCUUCUGUCUGCUGCUCAGAAAAUGGACAGAGUCCUCCAUCUACAUGACCAACCUGGCUCUGAUGGACCUGCUGUUGCUGCUGCAGCUGCCCUUCAAAAUGCACGCGGCACACCACGAGUGGGCAGAAGACAAGAAGAUCUUUUGCUCCUUCCUGGAAAGUCUUUACUUUGUAGCUAUGUACGGCAGCAUCUACACCAUCGUGUGCAUAGCCGUAGACAGGUACAUCGCAAUAAACCACCCGUUCCGAGCCAAGCAGGUGCGUUCGAAAAAAAACGCCUUGAUCGUUUGCGUUUGCAUUUGGGUGUUCGUUAUGGCAGCGACUUCACCGAUCUACACCUUCCGGGAAGAGAAGAAGGGGGAUUUCAACUGUUUCCAUCGCUUUUCUGAAAAAGGUUGGAGCACUGAAAUAAUUGUGUGCCUGGAGGUCAUUGGUUUCCUGUUGCCCGCCACAGUCCUGGUGACCUGUUCUAUUAAGAGCGUGCGUACUCUCAAAGCCUCGAAGGACAGCGACCGGAAGAGGCAAGCCGGCGUGAGAAUCAUCUACAGCAGCCUAGCGGCCUUCCUAGUGCCCUUCACCCCCUGCCACCUGGCCAUAUUCCUGCAGUAUCUUGUCCAUAAAGCCAUUAUUUCAGACUGCAAACAGAAACAGAACAUCGCCCUGUUCAUCCAGGUGUCAAUAAACAUCGCAAACGUGACCUGCUGCUUGGACGCGUUGUGUUACUAUUUCAUUGCAAAGGAAGUCCGAUCCACCAAGGAGACGCUCAGACUGUCCAUCAGCAGAGCGAGAACCACCAGCUCCUCAGAUGUCUGAGGUCAAUUCAGUUUGUUGCUAGCGAAAUUUUGCAGUCGAAAAAAAGCCCGUGGUCAACGUGCGAGGCUCACUAAAAAGUACCAUUCAAGCCCAGCUGCUUUCUGUUGGCCAGCUCAGCAAAUCCACAAGCCAACUUGAACCCACUGCAAAAUCCAGAAAUCUUCAAGCAAUCGGAAGCAAGUGCACAGGUGCCGCGUACACUGUUACAAUGUAGCGUUGCGUUGAAUGCAACAUUGCUACCGUGCAGAGGAAAAUGUACAUUUCUGAGGCUUGUUCAUUUCCUUUUUGGUGAGGGCUUUUUACAUUUGCCAAAAAUAGAACUCUUUAUCUUCAAAACAAACAAAGCGAGCUCAGACCAGAUUAAAAAAGUAACACAAAAGCAACGCAUUAACAACACAAUUAGGUACUUUUUAAGGAGCAACACAAUACAGAAUGCGUUACUUUUAAAAGUAACUUCGCACACCACUGAUUGUAUUCUGUAGAAGAACUCACACAGGUUUGAAACGACGUGACGGUGAGAAAAUUGUGACAGGUAUUCAUUUUUUUUGGUGGACUAUACGGAACAGAACUGCACAAUCCCAAAACUGGAUUACCCGAAUCUCAUAACCUCAAAUUUCAUUCGCAAAAUGGACGUCUAAAUUCCAUAAGACUGUCUAUAUGUUUAUAGAUAGCUGUCCUUCCUUAAAACCACAUCCUUUAAGCUUCACCCUUCAAAGCCAUGAAUGCAAACACCCACAGAAUACGAUAACAUCUGAGAGCAUUUCUGGCUGGUUAAAAUGGCGGGCUGCUCCCCGACCCAUUUUUGCUGUUUUUGAGUUUAGGGCUAUAAGAGAGACGGGUGAUUUCUCUGUGAUUUCUCAGGACUCCUUACGUUUGAAAAACGUACUAUUAGAGUGUUGCGGGAAUAAAGUGUUUUUGUAGGCCAAAACCUGAAGUCAGUGGUUUUUUUUGGUUAAUUGUCCUGAAGUCAAGUUUUUGGUUAAAUAUGUCUUUGGUUAACACAAACUCAAGAUAUUUCUACGCUAUUAAAGUGCAUCGGCAAGACACCCGGAACUUCUUAAAUAUUUAACUUUUCCUGAUAAAGGCGGUUGGCUAAGAGAACCGGGAUAUUAAAGUUAAACUCUUCUACUCACUAGUCUACUUUUACAGGUCCACAGGAAAGGAAAAUGUCUUUUAAUAAAGAAUAAAAGAGUUAUCUGAAGUAUCAUGCGACAGUGGUGUAGUUGUUUGAUAAUGCUGAAUAAAAGAAUGUAAUGAUGAUAAGCUUUUUUUGGUCACAGAACAUAUUUUUCACAUUAUUCCGCUAGUCAAUGGAAUCUGGUUUUUAUUGAGGAAACCAAGGCCUACAAAAACGUCAUCACUGCAGCAGUUCAUUUAAAGUUAUUUUUAGUCAAAAUUGUGUCACACUUAAGACCGAUUCAUGAUCUUGUGAUAAGGAUUUUGCCCAAAGAUUCUGUAUUUGUCUUAUCUCAUGCUUGUACUGUCAUUAUGAGAAACCUGAGGUCUUCAUGCUCACACGCGAUGGUCUUCUGACAAACCUUUCUGAAACCUUUACAAUGACUCAUAAAUGUUUCUGAUGUAACAUUGGCUAUGGCAUUACUUUCUUCACAAUCACCUGUCUUGUUCAGAGUUUUUCCAGUAUGUUGACAUAUCUGUGUAGACUUUUCUCAUCUGUUUGGUACUGGAUGUCAAUAAAACAAU